ACUCAGUCUCUUUCUUUCCACAGAGGAAAGCCAAAAGCUUUCAUUUUUAUUUCUUUUUCAGUUUCUUUUUCCUUCGUUUCUCAGCUAGAGCACAAACAAUGGCUUCUACUCUGUUUUACAACUCCAUGAGCCUCUCAGCAGCAGUUUUCUCAAGAACCCACUUCCCAAUCCCCAUCAACAAGGACUCCCCACUUGAAUUUUCACCUUAUAUUCACUAUGACUACCAUUUGAGAAGCAGAACAAGAAGUGGGCAGAAGAAGUGUUUGACAGAGGUGAGAGCUACUGUGGCCUCACCCACAGAGGCCCCCAGUGCACACGCAUCGACUCAACCAAAGAAGCUUCGAAUUCUGGUUGCUGGGGGAGGAAUUGGAGGACUGGUUUUUGCUUUGGCAGCAAAGAAGAAGGGGUUUGAUGUGGUGGUGUUUGAGAAGGAUUUGAGUGCUGUAAGAGGAGAAGGACAGUAUAGAGGUCCUAUUCAGAUACAGAGCAAUGCAUUGGCUGCUUUGGAAGCCAUUGAUUUGGAUGUUGCUGAGGAGGUUAUGAGAGUUGGAUGUGUUACUGGUGACAGGAUCAAUGGCCUGGUUGAUGGGGUUUCUGGUACUUGGUAUGUCAAGUUUGACACAUUCACUCCUGCAGUGGAACGAGGGCUUCCAGUUACAAGAGUUAUAAGCCGAAUGACCUUGCAACAAAUCCUUGCUCGUGCUGUUGGAGAAGAAAUUAUUAUAAACGAUAGUAAUGUUGUUAAUUUUGAGGAUCUUGGAGAUAAGGUGAAUGUGAUACUUGAGAAUGGACAGCGUUAUGAAGGUGAUCUGCUGGUUGGAGCGGAUGGUAUAUGGUCAAAGGUGAGGAAGAACUUGUUUGGAUUAAACGAAGCUGUUUACUCUGGUUAUACUUGUUAUACUGGUAUAGCAGAUUUUGUUCCUGCUGACAUUAAUUCCGUAGGGUACCGAGUAUUUUUGGGGCACAAACAAUACUUCGUUUCUUCAGAUGUGGGCGGAGGCAAAAUGCAAUGGUAUGCAUUUCACAAGGAAUCACCUGGUGGUGUUGAUAACCCCAACGGUAAAAAGGAAAGGCUGCUUAAAAUAUUUGAGGGCUGGUGUGAUAAUGUGAUUGAUUUGUUACUUACCACAGAGGAAGAUGCAAUUCUGCGUCGUGACAUAUAUGAUAGGACACCCAUUUUAACUUGGGGAAAGGGUCAUGUGACCUUGCUUGGGGAUUCUGUUCAUGCUAUGCAGCCAAAUAUGGGUCAAGGUGGAUGCAUGGCCAUUGAGGAUGGUUAUCAACUUGCAUUGGAGCUUGAUAAAGCAUGGAAGAAAAGUAGCGAAAUGGGAACUCCUGUUGAUGUUGCUUCUUCUUUAAGAAGCUAUGAGAAUUCUAGAAGACUGCGGGUUGCCAUUAUUCAUGGAAUGGCCAGGAUGGCUGCAUUAAUGGCUUCGACUUACAAGGCUUAUCUGGGUGUGGGACUCGGUCCUUUGUCGUUUUUGACGAAGUUCCGGAUACCACAUCCAGGAAGAGUUGGUGGGAGAGUUUUCAUUGAUAAGGCAAUGCCGUUGAUGCUUAGUUGGGUCUUAGGUGGUAACAGCUCAAAACUUGAAGGAAGGUCACCCAGUUGCAGGCUCUCAGAUAAAGCAAGUGACCAGUUACGAACAUGGUUUGAGGAUGAUGAUGCACUGGAGCGUGCUAUUGAUGGAGAGUGGUAUCUUAUACCAUGUGGACAAGACAAUGAUGCUUCGCAACUUAUUUGUUUGAACAGAGAUGAGAAAAACCCCUGCAUAAUCGGGAGUGCACCGGAUGGGGAUGUUUCAGGAAUAUCAAUAGCAAUACCAAAGCCCCAGGUUUCGGAGAUGCAUGCUCGUAUCAGCUACAAGGAUGGUGCCUUCUACCUGACUGAUUUGCGGAGCGAACAUGGUACCUGGAUUGCCGAUAUUGAGGGGAAGCGAUACCGGGUACCUCCAAAUUUUCCUGCUCGUUUUCAUCCAUCAGAUGCUAUUGAGAUUGGUUCUCAGAAGGUCGCAUUUAGGGUUAAAGUGAUGAAGUCUUCUCCAGGGAGUGUUGAGAAGGAAGGUAUUCUUCAGGCAGCCUGACAAUUUGCCACAACGCCGUAACUUUACAACAUGAAAUUGUACAGCAUUAUUCAGAGCAGUGGAAAUGCGAAUGUGAAUAUGCUGCAUUCUGCAGAGUAGAUAUAGCAUUACACAAAAUAUCACUCUACCCACCCAAAAAAAAAAAAAAAAAAAAAAAAAAAACAACCACAUGUAGAACUUUCUAUACAUCGUGUGAAUAUAUCAAUUUUGACUAGUCUCAUUUGACUUUCUACGUAUACAUAAAUGUAUUCCAGACACAGGAAAUUUUACGCUUGUUUGUUAAACGCAUUGUAAAUCAAUAUGAAUAUUCUCUUUCAUUUUAAGCUCUGGGAUCAAAAGCUUUUGUAACACAUUUUCCCAUCAAACUAAGAAUACAACGCAAGGAUGAAUUUUCCUUCUGGUUGGAAUCACCUGCGCCUAAAAGUUAGAUCUC